AUACACAAUAGAAAGGAUCAGUUGUGCCUGUCUGUCAGUGAUGGGUCUACGCUUGCCUUCAUCGCAUUGGCCCUAGGGUUUACAAACAUCGUCAGUGUAGAGGACAGUCCAGCAUCACACAGAGCCACACACACUCUCUUCGCAAACUACUACCAGGAUGAGGAAGCUAGGUAG